AUCCCAUCGCCUUGCAUCGCCUCUAAAUAUCGCCAUCUGCCCUCCUCCGGCCGCUCUUUUACUCUGAGCAGCCUGCUCUCGAUAACACCCGCCGACGGGGAAAGGUUGUUAUCGCGCUGCCCAUCAUGUCUUCCAUCCCCCAGCCUGGCCCUGAGGCCUUGAUCACCGUCAAGGUGACUUACGAGAAUACUCUUCGUCGGGUCAAGAUGCCGCUGCGUGACAUGGUGCCGCAUACUCUUGAAGACAACAUCCGACUCUUUCUUCGCAUUUCGCCAGAGGACCGCAUCAUCAUCGAGCGUUACUCCGACUCGGCCGGCUCCUUUGUCGUCCUCGACCCCAUCAACGUGCCAAUCUACAAGCAGCUGUACAGAGCGGCCAAAGCCAAGUCGAAGUUGAAACUGCGCGUUUCUACCAUUCAGACGCAGCCUAAGCCCACGCCCAAGCCCGCCACAGUGGAAGACGAGCCGGAAGAGUCUGUUGCAGAGACGUACGAAAGUACCGACAAGACUACUCCUCUCGAAAGCGACGAGGCAGCCUCGACAAACGAGCCUGCGACGGAGAUGUCAAUGCCGUUUGAAGCUCCUUCAUCGUCAGCCACCCUGCUCUCAGGAGUUGACCUGCCUCUGCGAACCGCUGCAUCGACCCAGCUCGAGACCGCUGAGAUCAAGGCUGAGGAGGAGACUGAAGCCCACCUUUCUCAGAAGCUGUCGGCAAUUUUCACAGCACCCUCCAUCGAUUCUGCUGCACCUCCAAUCAUCACUGCCGCUCCGUUUGCCGUCUGCUGUAACAACUGCGAGAAGACGGUCUCGGACGUGCACUACCACUGCCAGACGUGCGAUGACGGCGACUUUGAUCUCUGCCAGCACUGCGUUGAUGCGGCUGUCAGCUGCUAUGAUGACAACCAUUGGCUCAUCAAGCGCACAAUGAUCGACGGCCAGCUCAUUGCCAGCAGCACCGAGAAGAUUGAGCCCAAGUCACAGAUGAAGAAGCAGGUCGAGGACCUCUUCAACAAGGCGGCCUCUGUCCUCCCAUCAAUUGAGACGUCUGAGAGACAGGAAGCUGAGGCGCUCAAGGCUGCUCGCCUUGACAAGGUCCCAGCCUUUUUCACCGCCAAUCCGACACCCGAGGAGCCAUCCGCCGCUGCCGUCAACGCAUUUACUCCCCACAACGUCCCGUUUGUGGGCGGCGCCAUCACCAGGUGGUCUAGCCUGAGCAACAUGCGCACAUGCAAUUGUUGCGUGCAAGAGCUUCCCGAGGCCGAGUUCCUCCACUGCACAACUUGCGAGGACUAUGAUCUCUGCCAUGCGUGCUUCGGCAAGGACGCUCACGGUCAUCAUCCCAAGCACUCCUUCGUCCCCGCCGUUCCAGGCAGCCGUAUCCCAGAUCACAUCGCCAUCAAGAUGAAGGCUGGCCGCAACCAGGCACACAACGCAAUCUGCGACGGCUGUGACAAGUACAUCACUGGCGUCCGCCACAAGUGCCUGGACUGCCCCGACUGGGACUACUGCGACACCUGCGUGCUCAGCGCAGCUGUUACCCACGUCAGCCAUCGCUUCGUGCCCAUCUACGAGCCUCUUGCAGAUGCCGCGGCGGUUGCUCAGCCAGUGCACAUGGGCAUCUGCUGCGACGGGCCCCUGUGCUCCAAGAACCAGGGCUAUCCCACCUACAUCCGAGGCGUGCGCUACAAGUGUGCAGUCUGCCAUGACCUCGACUUCUGCGCAAGUUGCGAGGCCAGCCCCGCCAACGAGCACAACAAGACCCAUCCUCUCAUCAAGUUCAAGACGCCCGUCCGCCAUGUAAGCGUCACUACCACUGGCGAGCACCAGGAUGGCAAGCGCAUGCCUCCUAUGGGUGACCGUGCCAAGAACGCCCACAAGGCCUCGGACUCGUCGACCUUGAGCGACAGCAACACCAUCAACCGCGUGCAGACGGUUGUUGACGUGAAGCCCGAGGAGCCCAAGAUGGAGGAAGCCCAGGCCACACAGGAGCCCAAGCCUGUGAAUGACCUCCGGGCCGUCUUCCUUCGCGACUCAGUGUCUGACGGCACAAUCAUGCCUCCCAACCACGUGUUUGAGCAGACCUGGGUGCUUCGCAACGAGGGCACCACCACUUGGCCCGCUGGAUGCUCCGUCAAGUUUGUUGGCGGCGACUACAUGGGCCACGUCGACUCUGCCCACCCUGCCGGCAUCUCGGAGCUUGUCUCGGCAUCGGAGUCGACGGUGUGCUACGCCCCGCUUGCUCCCGGGAACGAGUUCCCCUUUACCGUGCUGCUCCGCACUCCUGCCCGCGCCGGCCAGAUCAUUUCCUACUGGCGCCUAACUACGCCGAGCGGCUUCAAGUUUGGCCACCGUCUCUGGUGCGAUGUCAGCGUGCGAAUGCCGCCGGCCGAGGCUCCGGCCACGCCCGCUGUUGAAGAGCCCAAGAAGAAGGAGGAGGAGACUACUCAGGCCGACAGUGUUAUGAUCUUCCCCAAGCUUGAGAAGGAGUCUCCGCAGGCCAGCAUGCACGAAGAGCACCGGGCUGAGUCUGUUGCUGGAACCGCGGCAGAGACUGACGCCUUGACGGCUAGCGGCGAGGAGUACGAAUGGGAUGGCUCGGAUGACGGCUUCAUGACCGAUGAAGAGUACGACAUCUUGGAUGCCUCUGACGAGGAGUACCUCACGGACCGUGACAGCAAGAAGCUGAGGAAGUAAGGGAUGGGUUUCAUGAACAAUAUUUUCUGUCACGGAGUAUGGGCUUUCAUUUCUAUGUUUGUUUUGGCAUGCGUUACCGUUUCCUUUCUCCUCCCUACCAAUUGGGCCACAGUACCGUACUCUUCUCCUUUCCUCCCCUUCUUGCUGGCAGCCAGCACACCCUGCGUCUCAGCCUUCUGGGCUUUCAUAGCCGGCACCACGCUCGUUUGAUUUGCGUGUAGUAAUUGUAGGAUUCGAUCAGGAUUAGGACGCUCAUAUCUGCUGUUAUUGCUAGCUGUUAUUUCCGU